UUGUCAACGGCAACAAAACCGAGCAACAACAUUUGAAUGUGUGCUGUGUGUUGAAAUUCAAGCGAUGGUCGCUUUUCGUCUUGAUGUUACAAGUUCCGUGUAAAUAAAUUCGGUGUCAAUUGAAUCAAAUCGAAAAUCACAAAUAUCCGAUAUGGAUACGAAUCGAAGGGAAUUCGAUCCAUUAAACAUUUGGCCGAAUGCAAAAACGAUGAAAAUCGAUAAAAUUACGCCGCAUAAAAUAGUGGUGGUAUUUUUGGUGCAAGAAUAUUUAAAAGUGAAGAGCGAACAUGAGAAUCAUGACGUUUACCCGGCAAAAUAUUCAAAACGUUUUUGUAUGCUAUUAUUGAAAUUGAUCCAAUUUCCGGAUAUGUCGUACAAGGAUUUGCACAGUUUUCUAUCGAAUGCAGACGUUGGCAUCGAUCCAAAUCAUUUGCACAGCUUUGAAGAGCUCAUGGAAACGAUAUCUACCGUUGGUCUUGAUGUAUUAUUUGAUUUACAAAUGUUUAUCGGUAAAUUGCUCACCGACAAUUUGCAUGUCAAUCAAUUUGGUGUGGUCGGAUUUUAUAUACGACGCAUACUGUUGGCGCUCAAUAAAAUGGGUUUUGAGGGAAUAAGCGAUUUGUACGAAAGUAUUAUAGCCUACUAUGAGAAGGGGAUUCGUGCAAUGGCAUUUUCAUCGACAAAUGAAGGCGCCGCCAAUUUUGAACCGGAUGACAGUGUUGAUUGUUCAUCAUCGAUGAUGGCUGAUAUAUCGAAUGAAGCACGGCACGCAUCGAAACGUCAAUUGUCACUCAUUAUGCCGUCCAUUUCAACGAUCAAAGAACGUAAUGGACACAGUAAAUGGUCUGUCAAACAAGCCGAUUUAUUUAUUGCUCAACAAUGCAAUCUAUUGGAGAACAACGAAAUUUACGCCUUAAAACCCAUCGAAUUACAACAACGGCUCAAUGAAAUUAUCGAUGAUAUUCCGUUGUACACACAAGCCCACGCACUCACUUAUUUAAAUAGUUUGCGUGUUCGUGAUUUCUUCAGCUCAUUGGAUUCAUAUCAUCGGGCCUAUGAUCAGAAUUCAUCGCGUGAAAUUGAUGCGGCCAAUGCGGAAGCAGCUCAAACAUCAAACAAUGGCCAAUCGAAGAAUGCAAACCGUGGACUACAGUAUUCCAGCUUGAAUUUGGCCAUUUUACACAUGAAAUUCGAACAUUACAAUGAAACGCUGUCCAAUUUACGUGAAUGCAUAAUGUUGGCACAAGAAGCCGGUGACAAAGCAUGCUUACAAUUGGCACAGCUGUGGUUAUGUUUGUUGGAUAAAAAGUAUGUGCUGUUGUGCGAGACAAAUGUGACAAAUCAACUGGAAAAUACGGCGGUUCAUUCGGUGUCGCUGGGUGUACAGUUUGUUGUAAAUGUUGCCGCUAUUUCAGGCGUUGUGCCAUCAAAAUUAUUCGAGCUGCUAAUGAAAAGUGAGGUGAUCAAUUUCCAGCACAGCCUUAUGGAUUUGGUGGCGAAUAGUUGUUCGCAAAAAGCGGCCGUCUGGCAAUUGUAUGGCAAAACGGAAUUGGCAUCGUUAUGCAAUCAACUGUUGCUGCAAGUGGUGCGAUCGAGUAAAGAUAGUGAUUGCAUCGAGAAUAGUGAAGCCGUAUGCCUGUCGCUGUGUUCGAUUGCACUUUGGCUUAGUGUACAGGGUGAACACGUUCUGUCGGCCGUGGUCAUUCAACAUGCUGCCGAACGAUUUCCACGAGAUCCAUUGUCACGAAACUGGCAAAUGACCGAAGCCUACAUUCAAUCACAGCAAUCCAUUCAUCGUUGCAAAUGGACCGAUGGACUGAGAGCAUGCAGUCAAAUUCGCAUUUAUAAUCCCGUGUUGAGUGCAUUGCAACAGGCCACAUUGAAUAUUUCACGAGGAAAUGGAUCGGCAGCCUACAAAUAUCUGCAACAAUUACUCAACGACGAUGGACUCGAGCCCAUUUAUCGUGUUCGUACAAUGAUUCUGAUGUCAAACACAUUUGUACGCAACGAGUUGGCAAUUAGUGCGGAAAAGCGAUUUUCCGCCGAAGCUAUGGGCAUUCUGAAUGAAGCAUCCGUAUAUGCAAAAGAAAAAUUUCUAUCCUAUGAAGCGGCACUGGUUGAUCUGCACACCACCUAUGUUUUAUUACUGAUGGGAAUGCCACAGCAGGCACUGAAGUUAAUUCGAAAUUGUAUGGAAACCAUAUUAGCAAAUGGCGGCAUUUAUGAUUGUACGCGUACUCAAUUCUUAUUUGUUAAGUGUUUGAUUGCGGCCCAAGGAGAUAAUCAUUUAGAGAAAAUCAAUAAACUAUUAGCCACGCUACCCAUUUUAGACGAAUGUAUACAAAAUUUUAUGAAACUCGAGGCAUUCGCCAAAGUCAAGGAUAUCUACAUUUAUUUGUCGAUAUUCUAUGAAAGCGUCGGCCUAAUGGCCGAACGCAAUAAAUGGGCGUGCAAAUUUCGAUAUUUAGACGAACAAUUCCCAACGCCAACCGAAUAUCUCAAUGUAUUUUUAUAAGAUAACAACACACAUGCCGAUCGAAAAUUAAGAACAACAAAAAACAAACCGAACUGAAUUGAAGAAGAAAAUGAAAAAAUAAAAUUCAAAUAAAACAAGAACUGAAGAAUAAGUUUAUGAAACAACAAA